AUGAAAUCCAGCGAUUACGGGCUUUGCUGGAGAAACGUUCGCGACGAAAGGGUCGAGGUGGUAAAAAUGGAUGAGUCUCGAGGUGAUGAGUACUUCCGCGAACAACACAUGAAAUUAGCUGCCGAUAGGGAACAUGCAAUGCGUGAUAAUACACUUAUAAUGGAGGAGCGAAAACGCAUUAUUGCGGACCUAGAAGAACGCCAACGGCAAUUGGAACGAGAACAAGCUGCUCAGCGCGAGGUGGCUGAGACGAUAGCAAAAAUGGAGAGCAAGUUGUUAGGUGGUACAGAUCUUUUGGAUCACACCAAACAGCAAGAAGUUGAGCUAGCAAAUCGAAGACGAGAGCUGGCUGAACAGAAGAAACGCGAGCGUGAGAUUUUGCAACAACUGGAGCGACAAGAAGAUGAUACUGCAGAAAUCCAUCAAACCUACUCAAGUUUACAGCAGGAAGUUGAGGCGAAAACCCGGAAACUUCGAAAAUUACACUUGAAGUUACAAAAGGCUAGAAAUGAACUGCACGAUUCUGCAUUGGUGCAUUCCCAAGAACGACAGGAUCUCGAGAGUUCUGUGACAGAAAUCAACAAGGAGUUGAAGUUG